AACACAGAAUCGUAUCGGCACAGUAUUGCAAACAGUGCAGCACAGCCGUCAUCGCCGCGAAUUUUCAAAAAGUAACGAUCGAUCGAUUAAAAUAAACAAGAGUCGAAGAUGCGCUCCCACACUAUCGCUUUGCUCGUGUUCGGAAUAAUGGCUGUUGCUUUGGCAUCGCCGGUGCCGGGAGGAGGUCAUCAUCAUGAACAUCACAUAAUCCACGUGCCUUACAAAGUGCACACGAUCCAUCAUCAUCACACGAAAAAGAUCCACGUGCCUGUGCAUCAUGUCGAGAAAGUCCCCGUUCACAUUCCGUUUCCAGUGCAUCACGUCGAAAAAGUACCAGUCCCAGUACCUGUUCACCAUGUCGAAAAAGUAGCUGUACCUGUUCCAGUUAUACAUAAGGUUCCCGUUGCUAUACCAGUACAUGAGGAGAAACAUCAUGGUUGGUUUUAAACGGACGGCUUUGUCUUCAAUUACAAUUAUGUUAUAGGUUACCGUACAAGGUGGAAUUCGA